GUGUAUUGAUAAUCCUUUACCCUACAUUCACAGCGCCGUUGAACGAGUAAAUAUAAGUCGAGCGCGUACCUUUACGGUCUAUCUACCAGAAAGCCUUUCCUGUAUAGAACACCAAAUUGUUAGCAGAGCAUCAACAACACCAUGGCUCCAAACUUCAUCGCAGAGCGCGUUGACCCUUGCGACGGCUUACCAGUCCACAUCCUAUGUUGCGGUCACACCGUCCAAGCUUCGUUUCUCCACCUAAAAGAGUCGUCAAAAUGCGCACCAAACUGCCGAGACGUCAACAUAUCCACCAACGCCGAGCCAAACUUUCUCUGUCCUACAUGCUAUGCAUCUGAACUUCACCACAAGCACCGCAAAUUCAUGGAUGACUGCCGGGCCGAGGACACAAAAGGCACAUAUCCAGAAAACCUAUAUGCCACUAUAGAGCGUAUCAAAAAAGCUUACAAUGCAGUUGACGAUUUCGACAAGCAAGAGCACUCCCUCUGGUGCGAAGUGGGCUUGGGAAAGGUGAAGUUUGAGAAGGCUGUGUCCGUUAGCUACAAGAAGAAGAUCGAAGCUAAAGGGUUGAGGGAAUGUAAAUCUAUGGAUACUGGGUGUUCGCAGUAUCAUAUUUAGGCACGAGUAGAUCGUAGCGUUACCUUUGAAGUGAGAUUGAUCUGAUUCCCGAGUU